AAGCUCGCGACCGAGCCCCAAGCUCGCAGAUUCGUUCAAAGUUGCUCGUACGACUCGCAUCUCCCAAACACAAACACAGUCAUGACUCUCGAACGUCAAGUCCGCGCUAAGAUAGCCGCGAAGCGCGACCCCCAGAUGGAGGCCGAGGCCAAGGAAUGGAUCGAAAGCAUCAUCGGCAGGAAGUUCACAUCGCCCUUCGAGGAGUACCUGCGCGACGGCCAAGUGCUCUGCGAGCUCAUCAACAUCAUCAAGCCCGGCUCCGUUCCCAAAAUCAACACCUCCGGAGGUGAAUUCAAAAUGAUGGAGAACAUCACCAAAUUCCAAAAAGCUUUGAAAGAUUACGGUGUCGCAGACAUAGAUGUUUUCCAAACUGUCGAGCUAUGGGAAAAGAAAGACAUUGGACAGGUCAUCACAACACUUUUCGCCCUCGGUCGCGAGACCUACAGACACCCCGAAUGGAAGGGACCUAACCUGGGACCCAAGCCCGCCGACGAGCACAAGCGCGACUUCACGGAGGAGCAGCUCAGAGCCGGCGAGUCGGUGAUCGGUCUCCAGGCUGGCAGCAACAAGGGAGCCACCCAGGCAGGACAGAACAUGGGCGCUUCCCGCAAGAUCCUCUUAGGAAAAUGAACAAUUGAACUUUUUCUUCUAAGUAAUAAUUCGAUCUUAAAGCUAUCAUCUCACUCGAUUGGCAUGUAAGCGGUGUGAAGUGAAAAAAAUUACUAUACUGUACGAUUAUUGAUCAUGUAAAUCGAGCUCUCAUACCGUUGUGAACAAAAUCUUUUCAUUUGAUGUAUGCGUCCACGGCGAGAUAAUUUAUUUUAUAAGAUUACACACAAUUAUACAUUGUUAUUGUUAUUUUAUUUUA